CCGAUCCCUGCGCUCUCCCCGAAACAUUCCAGGGCUCGGGACUGCUUUGUGGCCAUGUGGGGAAGGGAAGCAGCAUCUAGAGCUGGUAAUAACCCCAGGGACGCAUAAAUAUUCCCCUGCUGCGACCAUCGGGCAGCUCUGCAGGGAAAUAACCCCCAGAUCUCUGCCAGCACGGCUGUAACGUGGGGCACGGCGAAGGGGCUGUGACCCCCUUUGCCUGGUGCUGAUGCCAGGGUGGCACAAAGGCUGUCCCACAUUUGUCCCCCCCAGCCGUGGGGCUGUGUCUGGCGUCCUUUGUCCACCAGGAAGGAUGUGGCUUUGUGUUUCCACUCGCACCCCCUCCUCACCCUGGAGAAGAGCCCGCGGAGAUGAUGUUUUUUCCCAGCCAAAGGUGCUGACGAGGCUGGGGGGAGCCCGGCCGAGCUGUCGCCGCUGCUCGGGCUCAGCUAAGCCCGUGUGGUCGCAGCCAGACCUUUGGAGACACCUCGGUGCUCGCUGGUGUCACAGUGACCCGGAGUGGGGCUCGGGGUGCAGGGAGUCCAUCAGCAGCGCGUCCCGGGGCCCGGACCAUGUUCCCGGAGGUGCAGCCAGCAUCUUCCCUCUGUCCAGCACGCAGUGACAGAGAGUCCCGGAGGGGAAAUGCAUCCUGAAUGGGGCUGAGGCCCCCUGCUCGGGAAUAUGCAGCCUCGGCACCGCAGAGGCAGCACCAGGGCAGCGGCCGGCGCACGGCGGGAUGGUGGCAACCUUCAAGAUCGCCGUGCUGGGAGCCCAGGGCGUGGGCAAGAGUGCCAUAGUCCGGCAGUUCCUGUACAACGAGUUCAGCGAGGUCUGUGUGCCCACCACGGCCCGCCGCGUCUACCUGCCCGCCGUCGUCAUGAACGGCCACGUGCACGACCUGCAGAUCAUGGACUUUCCCCCCAUCACCGCCUUCCCUGUCAACACCCUGCAGGAGUGGGCGGACGUGUGUUGCAGGGGGCUCCGGAGCGUCCAUGCCUACAUCCUGGUCUAUGACAUCUGUUGCUUUGACAGCUUCGAGUACAUCAAAACCAUCCGCCAGCAGAUCCUGGAAACAAGGGUCAUCGGCACCUCGGAGACGCCCAUCAUCAUCGUGGGCAACAAGCGGGACCUGCAGCGGGGCCGGGUGAUCCCGCGCUGGAACGUCUCCAACCUGGUGAAGAAGACGUGGAAGUGCGGCUACAUCGAGUGCUCGGCCAAGUACAACUGGCACAUCCUGCUGCUCUUCAGCGAGCUUCUCAAGAGCGUGGGCUGCGCCCGCUGCAAGCACGUCCACACCACCAUCCGCUUCCAGGGCGCCCUGCGCAGGAACCGCUGCACCAUCAUGUGAGCCCCCCCUGCCCCGAGGGACCUGCCCACCCCCGGUGACCGCCAGCGGCUCCGCUCUCCUGGCGGUGGGAGCUGUGCUGGAGGCACCUUGGGGGAUGCUUCCCCUGCGGUGACAUUUGAGGACGGGGCACCUUGGGCAGGGCGAUGCGGUGGCCAGGCUGGAGCAGAGGGGUGGCCAGGCUGCCUGGAGGUGGGGAGGGGUGAGGGAGGUCCUUGGCUAAACCCCUGAGCUCUCUCCAAGGCUCCAGGGGUUAUAUAUGGCACUGGAGGGUGGAGGAGGUGCCUCAGAGGGUGCCCAGAUUUUGGCUGUCGGUUCAUCCUUGCCCGUUCCUGCCCAAGGGCAACGCUUGCUGCUGCCUGCCUGACCUCACCUGCCUCUGGAAGGGAAUUAUCCAGCACCUGUAUCCUGGUGUUCUGGGGCUGGUUCCAUCUCUGGGGCAAAGGGAAACAGGAGUCCCGUUUUUCCCCCUGUGGAGCUGGGAUUUCUCCCUUUGGAAGCCAGAGCAGCCAGGUUACACGGGCUGUCUUUUGGCUCAAUUGGGUCAGAUUUCCAGGUGGAAUUCCUGGAUGAAAGCAAGAAAGGGGAAAAAAAAUACUAAGUCCCAGUCCUGCCCCUGACAUCCCCAGGAUGCUGAGGGCUGCCUUCCCAGGGCUCUGAGCUCCCCUCCACUCCAGCACAGCCCGGGAAGGCUUCUCCUCCCCCCAGCCUGGGAACACCAAAUAAUCUGGGAACACUCCUUGCCGGGCAGGUCACCCCUCUGCUACCUCUCGUCCUGGGCUCAGCAGGUGACCGGCUUUGCACGGCUUCACCCCAAACCCCCGGGGUGUCCCGGGCAGGCGGGCAGCCCCUGUGCCACCGCAGCCACCAGCAGUGCCACCAGGUCCGGCCCCGCCGGGUUUCCCCACAGGGAUGUCGCCUCCAUCCCGGUGAGACACGGCUGUGGCAAGGCAGCCUCGGCAGCAAUGGGGAGCUGGAGCAGCAUUUCCAGUUGCAUUCCUGGAUUUUUUUUUCUCUCUGCCUAUCCCUAAUAGGAAAGUCAGCCCCACAUUUUUAUUUUUGAAAUUAUAUUUUAAUCUUUUGGUUUAUUUUUGCACCAGACUUGCAGCUCCCCCGCACCCUGCCCUGCAGGGCGGGUGGCAAAGGAAAUGGUGAUGGGGUGGUGAAGGGCGAGCAAGAGGCCGAGGGGGUCGUGGUUUCUCCAUGUGAGACACAGGGAAACACCAUCCUCACCUCCUGAGGCAGGAUCUGUGUCUGAUCCAUCCUCCAGCAAAACCAUCUCCGUGAUUCCUGCUGUAACAAGGAGCUGGAGGGAUUCCUGCUCUGGGCAGCAAAGCAGGACACCCACCCCUCUCUCCCACCACAGCCAGGUGUCCAUGGCCCAGCAGCUCCACCGUGCUCUUGGAAAUGCUUCCCAUUAAAGGCAACUCCAGCUGAGCUCCAGUGCCUCUCCCCACCCCAUCCCUGCUCCAGGGCUGGGGGGACAUCCUGCUCCUCCCUCCCUGUUUGGGGAAUCAAACCCCUUGCUCCAAAAUUUAGGGAAAAAAAAGGGAAAAAAUUAGGAAAGGCGAUGAGGGGACACGGGUCUGUCUCAGUGGCACUUGUCACCAUCCCUGCCUUCAUGGCAAACCCGGCUUCCCCAUCCAAGCUCCUCCCAUCAGGAUUUAUGAACACGUGUAAGUCCACUUAUCGAUCUCUGGCUAGAGCUUUAUCCCUCCAAAUUGUCUGAGAAGGAAAUUCCUUGGUAAAUGCUAAUAAUAAAGCAUUUAUGAAGUGCUCUGACGUACACAUAUCAACGACUAAGCCAAUACAUUGUUUGUUAAACCCUGUAGCCUGCAGUUUAUAGCACAAUUAGUUACAGGUUUUUAUAGCAUCUAUUUAGUAUUUUGAAGAAAAAAAAAACGAACAAAAAAGGUUAUAAAUAUAAUUGUUAUAUUCUAUUGUACUUUAUAGACAGAGGAAGUUAUAUUAGUAAAAAUAACAACUCUCACUGCUUCGACAGCAUUUCCCAGCUCCCGGGAAAACGAGGGCUACCAAGAGCUACUUUCCCAAGAGCCCAGGAAGGGAUAGGUGGUGGUGGUGGCACGCUGGGUGCAGGCAGGGAAUCCUAGGCAGGAAGAUCCGAUGUGUCCAGGCGCAGGGAUCGGACACGGGAGCACGGCAGCAGCCACGAGCACCCCUACUCACACCUUACUACAGAGUUACCACUCACCCAACGCCACCCUGGCCCUGCUGAAAGCAACCUGGGCUGAGGACAGGCUGGGAUGUCCCCACCACUGUGCCCAGGGCAGUGCCAGGUUUCUGCCCCGUGCUCGUGGAGGUGAAGCCUGGGUUCGGUUCGGCCCCACCAAGGAUGCUUCCCUCUCCCUCUCCUCCUCCUCCUGCCCCAGUGAGCAUCCCGGUUGCCUGGACUUGGCUUUCCUUUCCCCCCUGGACUUCUUGUCAGAAAUUCCCGAGGUGUCUACACCGCCUGUGAUGCCCUGCACCUCUUUCUUUGAAAUUGAAUUAAAAAUCAGGUCUGUCCCCCUUGUUCC